AUGUUAAUGGUCACAUACACAUGGUUAGCAGAUGUUAUUGGUCACUUACACAUGGUUAGCAGAUGUUAUUGGUCACAUACACACGGUUAGCAGAUGUUAUUGGUCACUUACACACGGUUAGCAGAUGUUAUUGGUCACAUAUACAUGGUUAGCAGAUGCUAAUGCGAGUGUAGCGAAAUGCUUGUGCUUCUAGUUCCGACAGUGCAGUAAUAUCUAACAAGUAAUCUAACACUUCCCCAACAACUAUCUGAUACACACCAAUCUAAAGAGAUGAAAUGAGAAUAUCUACAUAUAAAUAUAUGGAUGAGUGAUGGCUGAGCGGCAUUGGCAAGGUGCAGUAGAUGGUAUGAGGUACAGUAUAGACAUUAUAUGAGUAAUGUGAGAUAUGUAAACAUUAUUAAAGUGGAAUUGUUUAAAGUGACUAGUGAGUCUCUAUGUAGGCAGCAGCCUCUCUGAGUUAGUGAUUGCUGUUUAACAGUCUGAUGGCCUUGAGAUAGAAGCUGUUGAUGCACCUGUACUGACCUCCCCUUCUGGAUGGUAGCGGGGUGAACAGGCAGUGGCUCGGGUGGUUGUUGUCCUUGAUGAUCUUUUGCAAACUGCAAACUUAAUGAUUGAUUUUGAGGCGUGCAUGGCCACGCAGUCAUGGGUGAACAGGGAGUACAGGAAAGGGCUGAUCACGCACCCUUGUGGGGCCCCAGUGUUGAGGGUCAGCGAAGUGGAAAUGUUGUUUCCUACCUUCACCACCUGGGGGCGUCCCGUCAGGUAGUAUGGCCUGUUCCACAAUCUGACUGUUUGUAUAGGUGAUGUCCGUCAGCUGCCCAGUAUCCAGCCAGGAAACACCUUGUAUGGCCUGGUCCACAGUCUGGGCCGAGCCCACUGGGCCAUCGAGAUGAGGACCAAUCACAGAGCUGAGUCUCAACUCAUCGUCAACAACGCAGGACAAAUCGCAGAGAUGGGGUUGACUCGUAGUUUCCGACCGCUCCACUACGACGCCAUCUUGGAUCUGAAUGGGAGUUACAUCAUGCCCUCUGAAGACAAGAGGUUCAUCCUCAUCCUGCUGCCCAACACCAGCGAGGACUCUAACUAUGACCUCCAGAUGACUAUCCAACUGUUAUUGAAAGCUGCUCCAGGACUGAAGAAUGAUGCCACGUCACAGUUCAUUGCCUUCAGAAGGACGGAGUGUGCCUUGAUCAAUGAGCUUUGCUGCAAACAUUACUGCAACCACUGCACCAAAAACCACAAGAACCGACUAGAGUUCCAGCCGGGAGAUAAAGUCUGCUGUACAAAGAACGGCUAUGUCACAGACAGGAGCAAGGAAGGGUCUCCUGAAGAAGAGGACUUGGAGAACAGCUACGUAUCUGACAGGGCCAGGACCAAGCAGAGACUUCCUGGACUGGACGGAGAGGAGAGACGGAACGGGGACACACAGAGACUUCCUGGACUGGACGGAGAGGAGAGACGGAGAGGGAACGGGGACACACAGAGACUUCCUGGACUGGACGGAGAGGAGAGACGGAGAAGGAACGGGGACACACAGAGCAAUGGAAGUGGUGACAAAAUGAAAAGCAAAGAGAAGAAUAAAGAGCGACUGUGUAACGGAGAGAUAUUCUUUAUUAAACAUGACGUGACAGUGGAGGAGGCGGGCUCACAGCGGAGCAGGAAGCAGAGGUACUUGACUCUGGAUGAUCGUGACGGACGGGUGCUGUGUGUUUCCUUUAGGGAGCUGCAGAGAGAAUGUAAACUGCAACACGCCUGGGCUAGGACCAUACACACCUUCCAGGGGUCGGAGACCGAGACGAUUGUGUACGUGCUGGGUGACGGUAGCGUCCAGACGUGGAAACACGUGUACACGGCUGUGACACGGGGACAGAAGCGUGUAUAUGUCAUAGCCAAGAAGGAGGGCAUGGCCUCGGCUAUCAAGAGACACAUCAUCCCACGUGACACCCGGCUGGAAAUCCUGGUCAAAGAGAUGCUGGUCCAGCCUGGGGCUGAGGGGCAGGACCAACCAGACCAGAACCAAACCCAGCCGGGCACACCUCGCAGGGCAGCCCCAGGCUUCGGGCCUACACAGACCACUCCUCUGGCCUCACAGACACCUAGCUGCUCUCUAAGGACCGCCUACAGAAUCCCUGUAGCAGCACCCAGACUCCUCUCUACACCCAUCCGAGCAGUCCCACUACACGCCAAUCGUGUCCAGUCCCUCUCGACGUCGGUCCUGUCCAGGCAGCUGUGGAGAAAUGAGCCUCCAACAGCUCCUCAGGCAGAUGCUACAGACACCUCUCCAAUGGACGACAUCACUUUCAGUCGGGCGUAUACCUGGUCGCCUAUGAACAGCAGCUCUGAGGACCCCUCUCAGGAUCAGCCUGGGUCGUGUGAGAAGGAAAUCAAGAUGGAGGCUAGCAGCAGCGCUGUAGAGGAUGGAGACAUGGGGAAGGGUUCACAUUUAGCUGCUCUGCCUGGGGUUGGAGGCACCCCUUCCAAGAGGACGCUCGGUCCUGACAGCGAGGAACAGAAUGUAACUCCUUCUAAACAGAUCAAGGUGGAGCCGUUCGAUUCACCGCUGGGCUGUUCCAGACUGCAGCAGCUCUCCCUCUGCACGCCCACUUGCACCUUCCACGGCAAACGGCUUUUCCAAGGUCCACCCUCCGAUCAGGACUGAACACCUUCUCUCCCUGACCCAGGACAUCUCUCCUUGACGCAGGACAUCUUAUGAUUGAUGGCCACUACUGCAUUGAUAGCAGGAUAUUUUAAUCAAAUCAUAUUUUAUACGUCAUAUGCACGGAAUACAACAAGACCUUACCAUGAAAUGCUUACUUACAAGCCCUUAACCAACAAUGCAAUUUGAAUGAAAAUAAGAGUUAAGAAUGAUAUUUACUAAAUAAACUGAAGUUUUUUUUUUUAAGUAACACAAUAAUGAGGCUAUAUACAGGGGUACCGGUACCGAGACAAUGUGCGGGGGGUAGAGGUUAGUCGAGGUAAUUGAGGUAGGUAGAGGUGAAGUGACUAUGCAUAGAUAAUAAUGAAUAGAGAGUAGCAGUAGUGUACAUGUAGGUAGAGGUGAAGUGACUAUGCAUAGAUAAUAAUGAAUAGAGAGUAGCAGUAGUGUACAUGUAGGUAGAGGUGAAGUGACUAUGCAUAGAUAAUAAUGAAUAGAGAGUAGCAGUAGUGUACAUGUAGGUAGAGGUGAAGUGACUAUGCAUAGAUAAUAAUGAAUAGAGAGUAGCAGUAGUGUACAUGUAGGUAGAGGUGAAGUGACUAUGCAUAGAUAAUAAUGAAUAGAGAGUAGCAGUAGUGUACAUGUAGGUAGAGGUGAAGUGACUAUGCAUAGAUAAUAAUGAAUAGAGAGUAGCAGUAGUGUACAUGUAGGUAGAGGUGAAGUGACUAUGCAUAGAUAAUAAUGAAUAGAGAGUAGCAGUAGUGUACAUGUAGGUAGAGGUGAAGUGACUAUGCAUAGAUAAUAAUGAAUAGAGAGUAGCUGUAGUGUACAUGUAGGAAGGGGUAAAGUGACUAUGCAUAGAUAAGAAUGAAUAGAGAGUAGCAGUAGUGUACAUGUAGGUAGAGGUGAAGUGACUAUGCAUAGAUAAUAAUGAAUAGAGAGUAGCAGUAGUGUACAUGUAGGUAGAGGUGAAGUGACUAUGCAUAGAUAAUAAUGAAUAGAGAGUAGCAGUAGUGUACAUGUAGGUAGAGGUGAAGUGACUAUGCAUAGAUAAUAAUGAAUAGAGAGUAGCUGUAGUGUACAUGUAGGAAGGGGUAAAGUGACUAUGCAUAGAUAAGAAUGAAUAGAGAGUAGCAGUAGUGUACAUGUAGGUAGAGGUGAAGUGACUAUGCAUAGAUAAUAAUGAAUAGAGAGUAGCUGUAGUGUACAUGUAGGUAGAGGUGAAGUGACUAUGCAUAGAUAAUAAUGAAUAGAGAGUAUCAGUAGUGUACAUGUAGGUAGGGGUAAAGUGACUAUGCAUAGAUAAUAAUGAAUAGAGAGUAGCAGCAGUGUGGGGG